AUGGUGUAUUUUGUCAAUGAUGAAGUGAAUAAAGAUUGGAGUGUUGUCGUGCAUUUGAAGCCAAGAGACUCAUAUGAUAUAGGGGGAAAUGAAGAUGAUGAAGCAUGCGAGAAUGAGCCAUGGUUAGAGCAAAACUUGAAUUCUUUAUUUGAAAAUGGUGAUAAUCUAUCAGAUGAGAUAUACCAAAGUAAAAGAGGUACAAAAAUCUACUUUGCAGCAGCAGCUGCAAAUUCUUCACAAGACAAGUUAAUAGCAGCUACAAAUUCAUCCCGAGACAAGUCGGCAGCUUCAAAUACAUCACAAGUCAAGUCCGUAGCAGCUACAAAUUCCUCCCGAGACACAUUAGCAGCAGCUGCAAAUUUCUCUCAACACAAGUUGACAACAGGUGCAAAUUUCUCCCGAGACAAGUUGACAGCAGCUGCAAAUUCCUCUCGAGACAAGUCGGCAGCUUCAAAUUCCUCCCGGGACAAGUUGGUAGCAGUUGCAAGUUCCUCCCGAGACAAGUCAGCAACUUCAAAUUCUUCUGAGCCAUCAUCAGUUGCUCCAACUAUUUCUAAUCAUCCUUCCGAACCUAAACAUAAACGUGGACGUGAAUCAAAUCAUUAUUGGACUGUUGAUGCCAUAGAAGAAUAUGAAGAUAGUACACGCCUUCAUUUAUUAGUGAGGAAUGUGCAUAAUUUGCCAGAAGGUUUGCGCAUAGUUGUCAAUUUUGAUAAACAGCAUGCAGUAAUAGGAGAAGCAGCCGGACUCCUUGCAGGAGUUUGUGGGCAAUUGGCCACUAAUUGUGUAGCAUUUCCAAUCAGUUUUGAUAAGUUGUCAGACAUUCCAAAGAGCUUUUUUGAAAAUCAAUGGAAAAUUUUGUCCCUAAAUCUUUGUAAGAGAAAUAAAGAAAUUCGGCAAAAACAAAUAAUUUCUCAUACUUCAGGUGCUAAAUCAAUUGCAAGAAGAAGGGCUGAAUUGGAGAAGAUUGAAGCAUAUAGUAGUCAACAAGCGGUGGAAUCAACCGUUAAUUCCCCUCUUGAUGCUCUUGGAGUAGUUCUUGGGAAAGAGCACCCUGGUGGUGUUCAUGGUUUAGGCAUGGGAGUUGUUCUAACAGUUGCUUUCAAGAACAACACUACAAAGAUUAAUUAG